AGUGGUGGAGAGUUUGGGUGGCCAGGUCUCUUCAGUACAAUGUCUAUCCUCCCCCUCCCAACUCUCGCCGUCAUCAUUGUAAUCGGCCCCGGUGGUUUUUAGACGACACCAUUAGCAGCACGAGAGGGAACUGCGAGAGGCAAGCGGGAGCCGCCCGCCACAUCGGGUACGCAAGAGACCAGAGGCGGGAGACGACAGGUGCGAACGGGCCUACGGCGUUCCGUUGCCGAUCUAGGCCGCUGCCUUCGUCGUUGCACCGUCCCGAGCAGGUGACGGCAUCGCCGCCGCCUUCGCCCGGCGAGACGGACCGAGCCGACGGACCCCGGCGGCGGCUUGGCGCGCGGGUGCAGCGAUGUGGAACCGUCUGUCGAGCAUCGCCCAGGGAGUGAGCGGCGCCGGCGCCGUGGAGGAGGUGCCACCCGUCGGCCGGCUCGACUCGCCCCAGAGGAAUGCGGGCGGCUCGGAAAGAGGGGAGAUCGCGCCAGCCGGGGAGGAUGCGGCGGAACGGCUGGCGCAGAUGGAGGGGCUCGUGACGCAGCUCAAGGAGCUGAUUCGCGAGAAGGAUGGGCAGCUCAGAGCAUUGGAUCAGCAGCUGAAGGAUGACCGGCAGGCUGCGGAAGGGAAGCUGUCCAAGCUGAGGCUGCAAUCGAAGGCAAAGACAGCCCAGUGCGAGGAGCUGCGCAGACAGAUCCAGCAGGCCUCUCCCGCUGCCGCCACCGCCGCCGCCCACACCAAGGGGUCGCCGGCAGCACCCGGAGGACCCGUGCCUGGCCCCGACACCCCACGUGGCGGGGAUGAGCGGGGGAAGGUUGCCGAUGGAGAGCCUGAGCAGCAUCAGCAGAAUGCCAAGAGUCGUGGAAAGAUGCUGCUCAUGAAGAAGAAGGUGGAUGAGCUGGAGAGCACUCUUGCUCAGAAGCAUCAGCAACUGGAUGAGAAGUCCGCCGAGCUGGAGGCCCAGCGGCGACGGGGUGAGGAGGUGGACGCCAUGCUGGCCGACAUGCGGUGCAGGCUGGAGGAGAAGGAGGCGCUGAUCGUUCACCUCCAGGUGUCGGCCGGGUCCGACAGCCACUCGCCGCCCCCUGUCACCGCCAGCGCUAAGGAGCUCCAGGAUCUGCAGGCUCGACUCAGCGCGAGCGAGGGCGUGGCUCGCGACCAGGCCACCCUCAUCGCGUCUCUCACGCGCAAAGUGGAGGGCGGAGACGAGAAACUCGCUCUCGCGCAAGAGGGCGCACAGAGGAUGCGAGACGAUUUCCAACAGAGGGAGAGCAUUUACGAAGAGAACGCACGCAUGCUGAAGCAGAUGGUGCUCGAGAAGGAUGGGCAUCUUCAGGAGCAGUCACGGCGGCAUGAGCAGGAACUCUUCCUCAUCGAAGCCAAGUCGGACGCCAGUGCCGACCUCCAGCAGCUUCUCAAGUCACUGAAGCAGAAGUUGCAGGAGAAGGAAGAGGUUCUGGCUGGAAGGACUCAGGUGGUCGGAAUGCUGCAGAGGGAAGUCGACAGCCGGGACCACAAGAUCAAGAGUCUGACGGAGACGCUGUCGCGACUGCAGUCGGAGCACUCGAACCUGCAGGGUCGUCUUGAUGCGGAGCGCCACGUCUUCAAGGCGCAGCUCCGGGACCUGCGGCAGAAUCGACCCAAACCGCACGCUCAAGCUCAGCCGUCCGCGACGGCGGCGGCAGCGGUGGUGGUGGUGGUGGCGGCAGACGAACUCUCGGAAGCAGCUCGGCCAGCGGGAGAAUCCGGGGCCUACCCACCCGCGGUGAUGGAGAAUGGCGGUGGUGGAGGGGAGGCGGUGACGGAUCGUCUCACGGAGAUGGAAGAGGAGGAGGAGGAGAGGUGCAGCCUGCGGCUGAGGAUCGCCUCCUUCGACGAGCUGAAGGCGCAGAACGAGUUGCUCUCAUCAAGGCUGGCUGAACUGGAACAGAAGCAAGUGGCCGCUGUGGGGAGCAGUUUACUCAGAACCCCUGAACCCGGGUACAUUGAUGACGUCCCUACUGACCUGGUAGAAGCCCCCAUCCCUGCCUCUCGCGUCCACAGCUCCUCAGAGGAUGGCGACAGCGCGACAGGCGAGCCUGGCAUGCGCGGUUUGGUGGAGGCGCUGGAGACGGAGCGGCAGCAGCUGCAGCGUCGCGUGGCAGAGUUGGAGGAGCGGGCACACGACCUGGAGGAGGACGAACAGCUGAGGGACCGCAUCUCUGAGCUGCAGCGCGAAAACGGAGCUCUGCAAAUCCGCCUGUCUGCGAGCAUGGCUGAUAUCGACAGCAAAGCCUCGCUCGUCUCCACCUUGAACGACAAAAUUAAAGAGCUGACGGAGCAUGGGGAGCUGCUGUCGGGUUCGCUCGCCAAGGCGGAGCGCUCGCUGGCCCAGGCCGGCGAGAGGACGUCCCAAGCGGAGGCGCAGCUGGGCCAGGCGCAGGCAUCAGUGUCGCACCUGCAGGCGUGGGAGGCUCGCGCAGCCGAGACGGCCGCACAGCUGCAGAGCGCCAGGCGCAGCCUUGAAGAAUUGACAGUGAAACAUGAAGCCCGCGAUGUGGAGUUUAGUGAACUGCAGAACGCGGUCGACAUCCUCAACAAGACACUAGAAGCCACCAAGGACAAGGCACGGCAGCACGAGGCCACCGCCGCGUCACUGCGGCAGGAGCUGGACCAGGCCGCGGAGGACGUGGAGCGACUGCAGUCCAGUCACGCGGAGGAGCGCGGGCGGCUCAUUGCCGGCCUGCAGGAGCGUGAGCGACAGCUUGACGCGCUGCAGGAAAGCCUCUCUGAGCAGCAGCUGGAAGGGCUCCGCACGCGGGACAGCCUCGCCGAGCGCGAGCGCGAGAUCGAGGGACUGCGCGAGGAUUUCGCGUUGCGGGAACGCGAGGUCGACGCCCUCAAGGAGGCCCUGGUCACUCUCGACAGGGAGGCGGCCGCGACGAGGGACAGCCUCGCGGAGCACGAGAGGAUCGCACUGUCGACUCGCGAGAGCGUUGCCGGGCUCAACGCCAACCUCGGGAGUCUGCGGGUUGCCCUAGCGCAGAAGGAGGAGGAGGCCAAGCAGCUCCGCAGCGAUUGCAGCGCGGGGGAGCAAGAGCUGAGGACCCUGAGAGAGGUCGUCGGACAGACCGAGGACAAAAAUCGCUCGCUCGCCGAGACCGUAGCGCAGAAGGACGAGUUGAUCAAAGGCUUGAAGGGGAAUAUCACAGGCACGCAAGAAGAGUUUCAUCUACUCAGGGAAGCUGUUGCGGAUAAAGAAAGAGAAAACAAGCUGCUGAUAAAGAACUUGGAAGAGAAAGCAGCAGAGUUAAACUCCAUUACCGACAGCCUUAAGCAUUCAAAGGAGGAUUUAGUGUUUCUGAAAAGUGUUGCGGCAGAAAAGGAGGAAGAAUUGAAUUCUCUACAUAAGGCUUUCUCUGACAGAGACCAGGAGAGUGCGUCUGUUAAUGAAAGGCUAACUGAUAUUCUCAAACAAGUGGACUGCCUGCAGCAAAGCCUCACAGAUAAAGAAGCAUUUAUAGGGACCGCUAGAGAAAGUUUUGAGCGUGAAACAGGCUUGUUAAAGUCGCAAGUUCUAGAGGCUGAACAACAAAUCGCUGCUCUCCAAGAAAGCAAUAGGGUUAAAGACAUAGAAAACACCAAACUCACGGAGGCGUUGUUUGAAAAACAACAGGAAACAGUUUCAUUAGCGGACAGUAAUUCACAAAAGGCUCAAGAGAUUUCUCAACUUCACGAAGCUGUGAAGGGCAGGGAAAAAGAACUUGAAUCGGUAAAGGAACACUUGGCCGAGAGAGAGCAAGAGGCGAGCUUACUAAAAGUAGCCGUGCAUGAGAGCACACAAAGGACAGAGGGACUGAGUGUAGAAUUAUCAAACAGAACCAGCGAGGUUAGCCAGCUGCAGGAGUCGACGGCAGAAAAGGAGCAUCGAAUAAAUGAUCUGAGUGAAUCCGUCGAAGAGAAGGAAAAGCAGAUCAUAGCUCUCCGUGAGAACGUGACCAAAAUCGAGCGGCUCGUCGCUGCCAGGGAUCAGGACUUGCGGGAUUUCGAAGGAAGGUUUGCAGAGGCCGAGGCUGAGAAGGCCUCAGUGGAAGGAAGCAAGGAGGAGAAGUGCAGGGAAAACGGCCUGCUGAAGAAAAGUCUCGCCUCAAAGGAGCAGGAGUCACUCUUGAUUUCAGAGACUUUGAGGGAAAGGGAACAAGAGCUUGAAGCUCUCAGAGGACACUUCACCGAGAAGGAGCAAGAGGAGCGAGUGCUGAGAGGAUCCAUAGAGGCGACAUUGCAGAGGGUUGAGUCACUGACAGCAGAAUUAGCAAAUAAGGAUGGGGAGUUAAGCACUCUGAGGCAUGACAUCACUGACAAAGACCAGCAAAUAAGCUGUCUUCGGGAAGAGAAAGAAAGGGUAGAAGCAUCUCUCUCGGAAAAGGUGAAGGAGAUUAACCUGUUAAACGAGGCAGCGCUUCACACAGAGCAGGAGCUGCGUCAGCUGCAGGAGAGGUUUGGCGAGGCUGAGAGAGAAACUUCUUCACUCAGAGACGGCAAAGCUCAAAAGGAGCAGGAGAACGCCCUGAUCAAGCAGAAUUUUGCCGCGAAAGAAGCGGAGCUAAACUCCGUGCAGGAGACGCUGAGGCAGAGGGAGCAAGAGCUGCUUUCGUCAAACGAGAGCUUACAGCUGCAGCUGCAGGAGAGCGACGAGUUGAGAGGGCACUUUGCAGAAAAAAACAAGGAACUGAAGCUAAUUAGGCAGACCCUUGAGGAGAAGCAGAGCCUCAUUGCCUCGCUGACGGAGCAAGGUGACGAGAGAGAUCAGGAUAUUCGGGCAUUGAAGGAAGACGUCGCCGACAAAGACGACCGCGUCAAACAGCUGACACGGUCGCUUGCGGACGAAGAGCAAAAGUGCGUCUCCCUUGAAGAAAUCGCCUCGAAAAGAGAUCGAGAAAUCGGUUUGCUGACGGACAAGUGUGCUGCUGUGGAGAGAGAAGCACAGUCACUAAAGGAUAGGUUUGCAGAAGCUGAUGAAAAGAUCGCUGAGCUCAUAAAGAGCAAGUCAAAGAAAGAUAAAGAAAACACUGAACUGCAAGAUACCUUAGCUGCCAAAUACAGUUUUAUUGGCUCUCUUGAAGAGAGCUUGAGAAGCAAAGAACAUCAAAUCACGUCCCUGGAACAAAAUUUUCUCGAGAGGACACAGGAGCUAGAACAGCUGAAGAAAAACUUUGCGGAGAAAGAGCACCAAUUGAGCACCGUCACCCAGACUCUCGAGCAGAGCAACGAGACCGUGCGGACCCAUUUUGCCGAGCAGGAGCAGCAGAUUUACUCUCUGCAGGAGUGCGUCUCGGAAAAAGAGCGUGGGCUAGAGGCUCUUAGGACAGCGCUCGAGGAAAGGGCGAGGCAGAGCGACCUGCUUGGUGCCAGCGUCGCGGAAAGAGAGACCGAGAUAAAAUCGCUUAAGGAAAGUUUAGCGAAGCAAGAAAAGGAGCUCCAAUCGGUGAAAAAGAGUUUUGGGAAAGCCAAGAGGGAGGCUCAUUCACUGAAGGAGAGCAAGGCGAGCAAGGAAAAGGAAAACAACCUGUUGAGAGAGACUUUAUCCAAAAGAGAAAAGGAGGUUGCACUACUGAGGGACAGCGAUUUGCAAAAAGACAAAGAAAUUUGCUCUCUCGGUGAAGCACUAAAGGGAAGCGACAAAGAAAUUGAAUCAGCAAAGGAACACUUGGCUGAGAGAGAGCAAGAGGUGCGGUUACUAAAGGAAGCCGUGCAGGAGAGCACACACAGGGUAGAGGCUCUGACUGCAGAAUUAUCACACAGAACCGCCACAGUCGGCCAGCUACAGGAAUCGACAGCAGAAAAGGAGCGUCAGAUAAUUUCUCUGAGGGAAUCCGUCGAAGAGAAGGUAAAGCAGAUCACAGCCCUCUGUGAGAGCGUGACCGAAACAGAGCGGCUCAUCGCUGCCAGGGAUCAGGACUUGCGGGAUUUACAAGGAAGGCUUGCCGAGGCCGAGGCUGAGAAGGCCUCUGUGGAAGGAAGCAAGGAGGAAACGUGCAGGGAAAACGGCCUGCUAAAGGAAAGUGUUGCUUCGAAGGAGCAGGAAAUCUGUUCUCUCAGAGAAACCCUUGCAGGCAAAGAGCAGGCAGUUUUUUUGCUCCAUGAAAGUUGUGGAGAGACGCAGAAGCAGCUGUCAACUGUGAGAGAGCAUUUGGUUGAGAAGGAGCAGAUUUUGGUAUCACUAAGGCAGUUGCUGGAUCACACCAACGAAUCACUGAGCUCUGAGUGCGCAAAGAAGGCUGAGAUCAAUAACCACCUACAAGAGACUGCUGGCAUCCGGGAGAAAGAAAUCGAAUUGCUGAACCAAACUCUUGCAGCAAGAGAGCGUGACCUAUCUUCUCUAAAGGAGGCGCUCGUGAAGAAAGACGAAGAUAUUAAAUUGCUUAGUGAGAACAUAACAGAGAAAGAGGCACAACUUAUUGAAUUGACUGAAAAGAUUAAAUUGAAGGACAGCGAAUAUAGCACCCUGCAGCAAUCUUUAUCGGAUAAAGAGAGAGACAUUCUUCUUCUCGGAGAGAGUCUCUCAGAAGCACAAACGCAGAGCGGUUUGUUGACGGAAGCCACCACAAAAGCGGAGCAAGAGAUCCGUUCUCUGCAAACAAGCGUUUCCGAAGAGAGGGGCAAGCUGUCUGAGCAGGAGCGUGAAAACAGGUACCUCAAGGAGAUCGUUGAAACCAAAGAGAAACAAGUCGCUGCAUUGUCAAACAGCAUGGCGUCCGAGGUGGGCCAGAAAGAUGAUGCGCUCGAGAGCCUGCGUGUGGAAAUGGAGAGGCAGAGUGCCGUGCACAGGAACCGCCUGGAAGAGCAGGAGAUGCAGAUUGCCGCCCUCAAAGAACAGCUGUCCAAUGCCGUGCUGAAACUGCAAGAGGAUGCAUCGCUGCACUUGCAGCAGGUCGACGCAGUACAGGUGCAGUUGAAGGAGAGGAUUGCGGAAAAUGAAAACCUCGAUGUCCUCCUCAAAGAGAAGGAGUCUCUGUAUGAGGCCGAGGUGAAUGAUUGGAAGGACAAGUACAACGGCCUUUUGGGCCAGAACAACGAUGGCGCAAAAGCAUACAACGACCUUUCCCUGCAGGUCAAUGAGUACCGUCGCCUUGUUGAGGAGGGACAAAAGGAGGUAGCGGACAAAGUGCGGCUGGUGGCCGACCUGGAGAAGAAGCUGGAGGAAACGAGCGGUGAGCUGGGAGUUGCUCGGGGUCAGUUGACGGCACAGGCGACGCUCUCUGCAGAAGAGAAUCAGCUGUUGAAGGCCCAGAUGGCUGAGUACCUCGAGUCCCUGACCCGUACAGAGGGUGAGCUCAAUGACCUGAGGUCUCGCGAAGCAAGCGAGAUGCAAAAAUUUCAACAUUCGCUCCAGGAAAAGGAACAGGCAUUUCUGUCGCUGCAGGACAAGUUUGCGUCGCAGGCUGACGGAAUGGAGGCUUUGAAGGAGGCAGUAAGAGCCAAGGAAGCAGAGUGCGCUGAUGUACAGUCUUUGCAAGACAACGUCGAGGCGUUGGGUAAAGAGGUUGACCUUCUGCAAAUGGAACUGCAAGAAAGGGGAGAGCACAUCAAAGAGCAAACGUCCUAUCUUCAGCAAAAGGACAAGGAUUUGUCUGAUCUGCAAAUGAGGUACGACAGUCAGGGCGAGCACCUGGACGCUAUGAAAUCACAGUUGAAGCACAUCGGGCAGCGCUGUGAAGAACUCACGGAAAACGUGAAGUUGAAAGAUGAGGUCCUCCAAGGCUUGCAGACGCAAAUCAUUGCUCAAAGCCAAGAGAUGGAAGCUCUCAAGAGCGGCAGUGAAGAUGUGCAAAAACACCAGCUGGCCCUGCAGAGCUUGCAGCAGCUUUACGACGGACGGUGUUCAGAGCUGGAGGGCCUGAGGAAGUGGGUCGAGCAAGAGGUCCAAGACAGACAGUCUCGCGAAGCCCACUACCAGCAAGCCCUGCAGCAGAAGGAGGACGAGCUGCAGAGGUUGGUGCUAGCAGCCCAGACCGGCGAUCUGCUCACGGAGCGUCUGAGCAGCUUGGAAAACGAGCUGCGCGCAAAGGACGGCAAAGUGCAAGAGAUCCAGCGGGAGAUGGAGGGCCUCCAGCAGAGGCUCGCUGAGGCUCAGGAGCAGUUCAAGAGGAGCGAAGAAAUGAUCCGCAGCCAGGAGCUGCUGGUGACUGAGAAGCAGGGCAAGGCGGAGGAGCUCACGCUGGCACUGAGGGAGCAAGGCGAGCAGCUGAGCCAUUUGCAAAGUAAUCUGGAUGAUAAGGAGGUCGAGAGGGGGCUGCUUGAAAAGUCGCUUUCUGACAAGUCGGCAGAGUUGAAUGAAAUUACGCAGAGUCUAUCGGACAAGCUUGUGGCGCUGGAAGAGGAGAAGUUCGUUUUGACUAAUCGCGUCAAACAGCUGGAUGAGGCCCUGAGUGGGGCGCAGCAGGAGAAGCUGGAAGCCAGCCAGGCUGCCCCGCCUUCACCAGGCAGAGAACAUUUCUCGACAGAGCCGCAGGAGCUCCAACGGAAGACAAAUGGAGUAAAUUUUACUGCUCAAGAUAGGGAUAAUCUUCAUGCAGAAUUGUUAAAAAAAGAGCAGAUAAUAAAGCAUCUCACUGAACAACUCAACGCUGGUGAAAGAAUUCCCAAAGUAGAUGUAGAUGCUGGACAUAUUACUGAUAUCCUUCCUAUUAUAGAGGAAGAUGGAUCUCGCGUGAGCAGCCAACUGCCAGCCUCGCAAAAGCAAGAGCAGCAAGAAGAUGCAGUGGAAAUACCACAAAGUGCGACAUCUGCUCUGCAACAGGACGGGAGUGAGCUAACAUCUCAGGUGCAGAUUCUUGCCAAGGAAAACAAGGAAUUAAGCACAAGACUGGAGAUACUUGCGCAGGAGAAAGAGAUUCUUUGCCAAGAACUGCAAGGUCAGAUUAGUCUGUUACUAAAGGAGAAAGAAGACCUCCUGUUGAAUCCAAAUGCCAUGGCAAAAUCCAUGCAGCCACCAAGCAGUGAGGUAGAACCCAGACCAACUGGACACACAGAAGAGGACAAAGAGCAUUUGCACAAUCAAGUGGAAAGGUUGAUGGCUGAUAAACAGGGCCUGCUGUCUAAAAUUGAGUCACUGUCCAAAGACAAAGAGCAAAUGAAAAAGAAGCUCCAAGCUGCACUUGUGAUUAGGAAAGACUUGAUGAAGAAGGUUGCAGAGCUAGAAAAAGCAGGUUCCCAUGCAAAGGAGGAGGGUCACAAAGAGGGGCAAAACAUACAGCUUCAAGAGGAAACAUCCAAGCUGGCAGCCCAGCUUGCCGAAGCGCAGCAGCUCCUCGGUGAGAGGGAGCACCAGCUUGAGGACCUCAGAUUGCAACUCGAAAACAAGGAGGCCAAUGUAAACUCGCUCAAAGAAACGCUCGCAGCCAAGGACUUGUUGAUUGAAGAACUGCAAGUAAGAGUGCAGCAGCCUGAUGAUGAGGGCAUACCCAAGGCGGACGUGGUCUUGGAAACAAAUGUUUCGGACGUAACCCAAGCCUUAGUGGAGAAGGAAUCGAAAUUUUCAGAAUUGAUGUCUGUCCCCGAGUCCAGUGAAAUAUCCUUUAAGCAAGAAAAAUGCCAACUGCAGCUGGAGCUGGAUAAGAUCCGUGCUGUGAGCAACAGCAGCAUGGAGGCUGCAGUGAUCGAUGUGCAGAUGGAGGAAGUUGAGGAGCUGCCCGGUGCCGUCACACUCGCUAAUGCCACGUCACUCUCUGAGCUUCUGGCAGUCCUGCUGGGGACACAGCAGGAGAAUAAGCAACUGCAGCGAAAGCUUGACGAGGCUCUGCUGUCGCGCAAGGAGACCAUUCGCAAAGGUCAAGAGAAAGACAAGCACCACCGCGAGCAGCUGAGGCAGCAGAAGGAGGAACACGGCGAGCUGUCGCAGAGGGCCAUCGUGCAGGCCCAGGAGCUGGACGAGCAGAACGUGAAGAUUUUAGAGUUUGAGACCCAGCUAGAAGAGAAGCAGGAGACUAUCUGGAGGCUGCGCUGCGAGCUGCAGGGACACGAUGCUCGGUUUGCGGAGUUGCAAGCCUCCGUGGAACGCUCCAACGAGAAUCACCAAGCUGAAGUGCUCGAACUGCAAGCUCUGGUGGCGGACAAUCAGAAUGACAUGCAGACACUGGAGAAUAAGUUGAGAAACAAAGAUUCUGACACGGAGGACGCUUUUCGCAGAUUAGAGGAUGAACAUCAAGCUCAGAUAACGUUCUUCCAAAGGCAGCUGGAUGAGAAGCAGGUUGUCUUCGAGGAAUUUCAGAGCAGGCUGCAGAGUAAAGAAAAUCUGGUUGCCGAAUUGAGGAGCCAUUUGGAAAGGUUAGAGAAUGACCUUGACCAAUUUAAUAGCGAAAAGGCCAAACUUUUGGCCGAAUUGCAUGAAGCUCAGGAAGAGCUUAGAUUGAAGGAAGAUGUGAAAAUGGCUUUGGAAGAAGCCUUGCGAGAUCUGGAGUCAAGGCGCCAACAAGAGGCAGAAGGACUCCGCGAGCAGUGGCAAUGUGCUGCAGCCGAGAACGAAAGCCUCAAGCUAGCACUCGAGCAGGUCAGUAAAGAGAAGACUGUGGAAGAGCCAGAGAAGAGUGAUGGACAUCAUGAUAUGGGGAAGCCUCCCCAGACAGAAACGCCUAUUCAAGAUCAUCAGGUGGAAAGCAUUAAUGUAGAAAGUGAGCAGAAGCUCAUGACAAGUGCACCAAUGCCGUCAGAAGUCGAAGAUGGAAAACCAAGAACUGACGGAACAUCCGUAGAAUAUGACUUGCAGGAGCUUUCACUUUUGAAAUCUGAAAUGGAAAUGCUGAGGGUCACGAUGGCUGAAAAAGUCACAGAAAUCGAGCACCUUUCCCAACAGAUCGUGGAGCAGAGCCAACAUGUUGACACGCUCAUGGCUACGCUUCUGGAAAGAGACUCGGCUCUGGACGCCCUGGAGAUCCAGCUCAGGAAAGAGCAGCAGCAGCACGAGGAGGUCGUGUCGAGGCUACGAGUGGAGGCCCAGGAGGUGCAGCAAAAAACGGUAUCAGAGGAAAGCCCCGAUGGGGACGCCAAGGGCAAAGAUAUGCUCAAUCGGAAACUCCAGGCUGCCCUUAUCUCGAGAAAAGAAGUCAUACGGGAAAACAGCGUCCUGAAAACAAGCAACGCGACACUUUCCGAGGAAAAAUCCGACUUGCUCAACAAGGUUUUGUCCCUCGAAGGAAAAUUGGUUGACAUGAAACAGGAGCUUGAGACUCUGUCUGUGAAACUCGUGUCGGCGCAAGAUGACAAAGCUAAAGAGGAAAAGGGCAACAUGCUAAAUUUGGAGCGCAAGCUCGCCGAACUAACGAAAGCCAAUGAGGGUCUCGUUACAAAGGUUGGCGUUCUCCAGGGAGAUAAGCAAAAGUUGAUAGCGGAAGUGGAUCGCAUCCUUGAGGAAAACCAGAACCUGGAGGCCUCCUGUGAAAGCCUAAAAAUGAUGAUGGACGCUGUAACACGAGAGAAGGACGGUGUAGUGAGGGAGAAAGAAGAACUGGGGAAAGUGUUGGAGGACGUGAAACAAACUCAGGUGACCGAGGAUUCUGAAUGGCAGGCAAAACACCAAGAGCUGCGCGAGGAAUACGAGACCCUGCUGCAGUCAUACGAGAAUGUGAGCGGGCAGAUGGAGCGGAUGAAGCACCUUGUGGAGAGCGUCCGGCAGGAGAAGCAGGAGGUCCUGUCCCGGCUGAGCGCAUCUGAGACCGAAAAGCAGGGCCUGCUGAAGCAGGUUGAGGAGGCCCAGGGGGAGGGUGAGAAGCUGAAGGAGAAGAUGCGAAAGUUUGCCAAGACGAAGCAGCAGAAGAUUCAUGAGCUGGAGGAAGAGGUGGAGAGGCUGGCUCUAGAGCUCCAAGGCAUUCUUACCGAUAGAGACAAGAAUGCCUAUAAAUUCAGUAUCGAAGCCGAGGUCACGGAGAGAGAUGGGCUGCACGGUCGGUUUGAUGAGGAAAAUCGUGCCCUGCGGGAAGCCCAAGAAAAAUUGCGACUUGAAGUCGGUGAAAAGGAACAAGAGACGGAGUCAUUGAAACAGGAAUUGUGUGAGCUCAAGCAGAAAAUGGACGAGCUCAGUGGAGAAUGGGGAAGGGAGCAUGUGUCGUUAGAGAGACGCGUGGAUGUCGAAACUCUGCAAGCAGAAAUUGAAGGACUUAAUUUGCGUGUGCAGGACCUAAGCACAGAACUGGCACAGAAGGAUGGUCAGCUUCAGGCGGUGCUGACUGAGAAGGCUGCACUGAUUGAGAAGGUGGAGGAAGUCUCAGGACCCAGAGUAGAAGAGAGCAGGCAGGUGUCCUUCGCCGACUUGCUGCAGGAUGACUACGGCAAGGAAGGGGAGAAAGAGCCAGUCAUUCUUGCCGAGAAGGUGCAAAUCCUUGAGGAUGAUAAAAAGAUAUUGGAAGAAGAACUAGAAGGGGUGCAGGAGGCAUUUGGUAAAAUAAAAAAUGUGAAAGAGGCAUUGGAAAUGGAACUUGUUAACAGCAAUCGGAGGAUCCACGAAGUGUCAGAGACACUGCAGAGACUGCAAAGUGAAUUGGAGAAACGCGAAGCUGAUUUGGCCGAAAUGGUACGUAAAAACGAGGAGCUUGAACAGGAGAAAGGAGACCUGGAGGAAAGCUUAAUGAACCAGAUGGCAGAGCUCAAUGGGACGAUCGCAAACUACCAAGAGGACAUUGAUUCGUACAACGAAAGAAUAACGGAGCUGGAGAACGAGGCGCAGGGCUUCCAGGCGAUGUUGCGUGAGGCAGAGGAGGAAAAGGAGCAGGUGGUUCGCGAGCGGCAGCAGACGCAGACGCGAGUGGCGCGGGAAUUUGAAGAGCGGUUGCGUACGGUGGAGCGCGGGAGUGAGGGUACACGGGGACGGGCCAAGGAGCUGCAAGAGCUGCUCCGGGAGAAGCAGCAGGAACUGAGCCAGUUCCAGCGAGACUGCAUCAAGUACCAGCAGAGGAUCACUGGCCUAGAGAAAACGGUGAAAGCUCUGGAAGUUGUACGCAACGACGUUCAGAAUGAGCUCAGUGCGGCGAGAUUCAGACUGAGCGGCGCGGCAGAGGAGAAGGCUAGGCUUGAAGCCGAGCUCUCGGAGUGCAAAAUUAAUAUUGACGACACGCAGAGCGAGGUCGCCCGCGUCCUGGCGGAGAACGACAGAAUCAAGGAAGAGAUGCAAAAGCAGGAGGAACAGCUCAAAACCCAGCUCAAACGGAGAGAAGAAGAAGUCGAACGCAAGCUCGCAGCCGAAAGGGAGAAGCAGCGAAAAGAUCUCCAGAACUUGCACGAGCAGAUGGAAAUGGUAAGACGGGAGAAGCUCCGGUUUGAGGCAGACACGCUUGACCUGCAGGCGACGGUGAACAUCAAGGACCUGGAGAACAGGCAGCUGCAGAGUAGCGUGAACGAGAGCCUGGCGCGCCUCGCGGCAUUCACACGCAGCAUGACGUCACUGCAGGACGACCGAGACCGCGUGCUCGAAGAGACUAAGAAGUGGGAGAACCGCUUCCAGGAGUCCAUCGAGCAGAAGGAGAAGGAGGUGCUGCUCAAGGAGGACCUGUGUCAGAAGCUCCAAGAUGAGGCAAAGAAUCUCCGCAUCCAGGUGGAGGAGCUUGGCAUAAGAUCGUCAAGGCUCGAGCAAAUGAACAGCGAGGUCGAAUCGAGCUACCAGAAGGUCAUGGCAGAGCACGAACAGGAGAAGGACGAUUGGACCUCGGCCAAUAACGCUCUGACCGAAAGGCUCAAUGAAGUGACCAGGUUGUUCGCACAGGCCGAAGAAGAACUGAAGCAGCUUAAGGACAGUAACGACAAUCUUGCCGAAAUAAGUGCAAAUGCGAAGAAAACCAUGGAUGAACUGAGGGCAUCACAGGAACUGCUGCAAGAGGACGUUCAUCGAAAGGAAAAGGAGCUGCAGAGGCUGAUGCUCGCCUGCGAUGAAUUACAGACGGACGUGCAGAACCAAAGGCAACUCACGGAGCAGCUGGAAGGAGUCAUCGCGAGCAAAGAGGAGGCGAUCUCAAGGCUCUUGGUGACGAAGGAGAGCGAGGUGUCUGAAAUUCUGUCCGACGCCCGGCAGGGUCACGAGCAGGAAUUGCGGCAUCAAGCGGAGAAAUUGGAAGCCGCUAAUGAACAAAAUCUGAAGGCCGAGAGAGAACUGCAAAAGAUGGCAGACCGUCUGACGAGCAUGGAGGCUAAAGUGAAAAAGGCCUACGAAGACAAGGACAGCUUUCAGAAAAAGCUUGAAGCAUUUACCAAAUCGAUGGCUUCGCUGCAGGCCGACCGCGACAACGUGGUCUCCGAGUACAAGUCCCUGGAGGCGCUCCACCUGACCAAGAUGAGCGAGAAGGACCAGCUAAUCCAGGAGGCGGCCUCCGAGGCCAACGGCCUGCAGCAGGAGAUCAGGGACCUUCUGGCGCAGGCCGACGAUCUCAAUGCAGAGAAUGCGCGUCUAAGCGCGCAGCUUGCCCGCUACCGCGAAGACCUGGACCAGGUACUGACCCUGAAGGACUCCCAGCGCAAGCAGCUGCUUAAGAAGCAGCUGGACAAGAUCCGCACACUUGAGAACGAAAAGGCUGACGUGGAGAGGGAAGUGUCUCGGCUGCACAAGGUCAUGGGCGAGAGGGAGGAAACUAUCGCAUCGCUUCGGGGUGAUGGCGAGCAGCUGUCAGCAAAGGUGGAGGACCUUGAGACGGAGGUCGCCGGCCUGAUCGGUGAGAAAGAGCAGCUCUUGAGAGACGACCGACUUGGUGAGUUGCAGCAGAAGUUGGACUCUGUUACAGCAGAGUGCCGGCGGCUGGGGGAGGAGCUCGCUGCUAGUGAAGGCAAGGUACAACGAGCCGAAGGCAAGCUCGUUGAAGCCCAACAGGAGGCCGACAGAAAGCUGAAGGAAGUCGAGGCCAGCUACAACAAGGACCUUGCGUCGCUGCGUCACGAGAGCGGCGUUCUGCGGGUGCAGUCGGAGACGAGCGAUGAGCGCGUCGCCGAGCUGGUGCACGAGCUGCAGGCCGCCGAGCUGGCCGCGGCGCAGGCCACGCACGAGGCCCGGCAGCAGGGGGAGCAGUGCCGUGCGCUCCGGGGGGCCCUCGCUUCCCUGCAGGCCGAACGCGACCAGCUGGAGACCGGGGUCGGCUCGGGAAGCCGUGCGACGCCAGGGGGCGACGAGGAGCUGCCGUCGCUGAGGACGGAACUGGCACGGAUGCGGGAGGACUUGGCGAAGGCGCUUGAUGACAAUGAGGGCCUUGCCGGCGAGCUUGCCGCCCUCCGGUCCGACGAGUCCAUCCUCCACCUGGAGUCGCGCGUCGACGAGCUCACGGAGCAGCUGGCGCGGCGCGACGCCGAGCUCGCACGUCUGCCGGCUGCGUCGUCCUCGCGCGCCGGUGCCCCGGGAGGGACGGCGUGGGAGGAGGAAGCAGAAGCGGUGCAGAAGGUGGCGUUGCGCACGGAGGCUCACGCGCCGCCGAGGGAGCCACGCAGGAUGGAGGAGAGGAGACUGGGGGCGGCGGCGGAGACGGCGGUGCCGGCUGCGGAGCAGAGCCAGGCCGAGGUGCAGAGCUUGCGGAACUCGCUGGCCACACUGCAGGACGACCGCGACCGACUGCUGUGGGAGCUGCGUGGGCUGCGUGAGCAGUACGUGCGCAUCGGCGAGGAGAGUGGCGACAUCCCCCACCUAAGGGCCGAGAUGCACGACCUCAAGCAGCAGGCGAUGGCGCAGCAGGCACUGCAGGGCGCACACCGAGAGGAAGUGUCCAUCCUGCAGGUGCAGGUGUCACAUAUGCGGUCCGACAACGAAGCAUUGCUGGCGGAAAAGCAGGCGAUGAAGGAGCAAUUUUUGGCAACACUUGGAGACAGAGACUCGCGCAUCGCCGAGCUGCAGAGGUUUUGCCAAGAGCUGAGGUCUCAAAGUGGCGGAUUGGACCAGCAUCUCACCACGGGAAAGGCGGCUGACGGAGGAGACGGCUCCACCCCAGAGGAGGUCCUGCGGCUGCAGUCGGAGCUGCAGCGGUGUCUGCAGGAGCUGCACCAGAAGGAGCUGCGCUUGCAGCAGCUCAACAACAAACUGCUGGUGGCAGUGGAGGAGCGCAACGUCCUGACCGGGCAGCUCAAGUCACGGUCGCUGUCACUGCGCGACGCUCAGCAGCGGCUCAGCGAAGUGCAGGGUCGCUACCGCGGCCUGGAGAGCGAGUGCCAAGCCCUGCGCCACUCGCUGCAUCAUGGCGACAACGGAAAGGAGGGAGGCGAGGAGGAGGUCCCACCGGGAGCGCCGCAGGAGCGAGCGAGCGCUCGUCUCGAGGUCGACCCAGCGGAGGUGGCGGAGCUCCAGCGCCGACUGACCGAGACGGAACAGCUCCACGAUACGUCGCAUCAAGAGCGCUCUCGGUUGGAGGAGACCCUGAAUGAGGAGCGUGAGAGGCGGGUGGCAGCGGAGGAAGCCCUGGUUGAGCUGGAGGAGAAGAUAAACCGGCUGGAGGCCGCUCCCAGGCCUGCAGUCGCCGCACCUGCUCUCCACGAGCACAGCAUCAUCAUGGAUUCGGACGACGAGAGGGAAGCUCUCAUCAUCAACCCCCGAGAGCAUCACAUUGUGCGCAAGAUGCGCGGCGGAGGGUGGUGGUGCCGUCGUUGGCUGGGAGGCCGUGCCGCAUAUUGCUCGCGGCUGCUCCGCUCACGGCCCCUGGCGCGUGUCGCGCUCCUCUGCUACCUGCUUGUGCUGCACGCCGCCGUGCUCAUGUGUUACUUUGGCCUCCUGUGAGCAAUGGGCCGUUUUUCCCGCAGGCCCCGCUGCCAGCCUGCAAUGACUGCCUACCAGAACGAGACAGCCCGGGUUUGGAUUACAGGCAGUCGUUUCACAAUGGGCGUGAAUUAGGCAGGGUACGAUUGAGUCAAUGAAAACUGUAUUUAUAACAUUGAGUCCUUUACUCACCCAAGAGUUGCUUUGGUUUUGGUUGGGAAGAUUGGCCAAUCUUUUUGUAUUGCUGUGUAUAAUGGAUAAUAGCACUAAAGUGUUGUAGAUUUAAUCACGAAAAGGAAGUUAGGAUAGGUGGGACACUUUCGUAGGAGAGCAUGUUACUGAGACAGGUGUUUGCGGUACACCAAGGGGAAAACGUAAAGCCACAGGGUGAGGUGCGGUAGGAACAGACCUCAAAGGUCAGGUGUCGACUUUGCAACAGGAUCCUGCCAAAGGAAGCAUUGGCGAGUGUGGUGGCAUCAACGGCUUUGGCCAUGAUGACCUCUUCACCUUGACAUAACGAAGUGAGAGGCCACAAACACUGCGUUAUGUUUUGUCAGAGACCUGAAUAAAGCUCUCAAUGCAAAGUGAAAUAAGAAUGUACCAAAAUGAGCUACAGCAGAGCAUGUCAGUCAGAAAAAUAUUCUGCAUUCAUUGGAAAGGUAUCUGUUUCAUCCUGACUGGCAAAUGCAUGAGGUAGUAUUAAUUUAAUAUUAGCUAACAUUUCCAUAAUAUAAUUAUAUUAUAUGGCAACAAUACUGAAAUUGUGGUAUUUGCUUCUGCCCUAUCAAGAGAUGCAUCCAUGUAACAUUUUGGUGAAUCAAGUCUGAAUUGUCUUUGUCAAUAGCAGUCCUCUUAAGAUAAAAAAUAAGUCCACUCUGAAACCCAGAGGACACUUAGAUCACAAAUAAAAUAUGAGUACUGUAUCAUAUGGUAAUGUUGCGGGCAGUUACAUCUUGUUUGUAUUUUUAUUUUAUACUCUUGCAACCAGUUUUGAAAGAUCAUUGUGGGUGGGGAAAGUAAAACACUUAGUUUUGACAAACAGAACGAAUGAGUGUGCUCUGUUAAAAAAAACUUUGGUUGUUUGUGCUGCCACCCAUAGCUGUCAACCCAUACGCUUUACCUGUAUUCUUUUACAGGGAAACCGAGUUUUCAGAUCCAUACGGCAUACAGCCGUAUCAAUCCGGGCAAAAAAAAACCGUCUUUGUGUUUCUCCCUUGUGAUGGGACUUUGUAGGAUUUAACGUUGAGAUUUAUAAGGGCACGGGGUGCCUAAUAAGGUCUGAAAUGGUCUGUAAUAAGGUAGGGCGCUGAUAAGGGGUUGACAGGUAUGCACCACCACAAGUCCAGUUGUAAAAUGUUUUUCCCGGUUUAUGACAGGUGUAGAUAUUUGUGGACCUUUGUGGGAGUUGCAUCAUGUGAUAGAGUAGAUGUACAGUCCUCCCAGCGAAUUGCAAGGCUUUACCCUGCUAGAGUUUAUCAAACGGUGUGUAAAAAAAGUGCGGUUUUAAAUGGGGCAAGUCUUAACGUCGCUGUAUAAAGGAGGUUGAAACAAUUGAAAACCUGAAGUGCAAUUCUCUUGGAGUAUUUGUUUAUAUCUUUAGUUUAUUAUUUAAAAUGCUAUCAGAUUUGACACUGAUUAUCUUUUGGUGCAGGUGGAUUUAAAAUGCCCUGUUAUCUCACUACAAUUAUAUAGCUGUUACAGUGUGGGUUAUUUUUUUUCUCCUUAUGCCCUUUCAAACACAAUAAAGCUGCUUUAUAAUG